CCUUCAAGCAUUCUACUCACAAGAGCCUGCCGCACACACUCGAAAACGCCACAAUGAGUCUACAACCGCCCUCCCUCGCUGUGCGGUCCAAGUCACAGUCUGGCGGCGCUACCAAAGCCGUUAUUCUGGUCGGCGGACCGUCCCGAGGCACCAGAUUCAGGCCUCUGUCUAUGGAACUGCCCAAGCCGCUCUUCCCUGUCGCAGGUCACCCAAUAAUCGAGCAUUGCUUCCGCGCUAUCACCAACGUUCCCGAGGUCAAGGAAGUCUUCAUCGUGGGCUACUAUGAGGAAUCUGUCUUCCAGCCCUUCAUCAACUCGGUCUCGAACAGCUUCCCACACCUGAGCGUCAAAUACCUCCGCGAAUACCAAGCCCUCGGCACCGCGGGAGGUCUAUAUCACUUCCGCGACGUUAUAUUGAAGGGCAAGCCCGACAAGCUCUUUGUCUUGAAUGCAGAUGUCUGCUCGUCAUUCCCGCUGGUGGAGAUGCUUAAGCUGUUCGAGGACAAGGAUGCGGAGGCGGUGAUGCUGGGUACGAGGGUCGCCAAUGACGCAGCCACAAACUUUGGUUGCAUUGUCUCGGAUGCGCAUACGAAGCGCGUGCUGCAUUACGUUGAGAAACCCGAGUCGCAAAUCUCCAACCUCAUCAACUGCGGCGUGUACCUCUUUGCGACAGACUGCAUCUUCCCGGCCAUCCGCAGCGCCAUCAAGCGACGCACUGAACGCCCGCGGCUGCUGUCUUACCCGUCCUCGGAGAACCUCGAGUCCUCUUUCUAUCAGGCCGAUGAUGAUGAUGACAACAAGGAGAAUGCUGCCAUUCGCUUGGAGCAGGAUGUGCUGUCAGACGUUGCAGACAGCAGGCAGUUCUUCGUUCUCGAGACGAAGGACUUUUGGCGUCAGAUCAAGACUGCUGGUUCAGCCGUACCCGCAAACGCCUUGUAUCUGUUGAAGGCCUUCCAGUCAGGGUCUCCGGAGCUUGCUGCUCCCUCCGCAAACAUUCUACCGCCCGUCUAUAUUCACCCCUCUGCGCAGAUCGACCCGACAGCGAAGAUUGGUCCCAAUGUUUCGAUCGGUCCUCGUGUCGUAAUCGGAGCUGGUGUUCGCGUCAAGGAGUCUAUCGUUCUCGAGGACUCUGAAAUCAAGCACGACGCGUGUGUGUUGUACACUAUCGUCGGCUGGCACAGUAAGAUUGGCGCUUGGGCUCGUGUUGAAGGUACACCGACGCCUGUCACCAGCCACACCACCAGCAUCAUCAAGAACGGCGUAAAGGUUCAGUCUAUCACGAUCCUAGGUAAGGAGUGCGCUGUCGCCGACGAGGUACGCGUCCAGAACUGUGUCUGCUUGCCGUACAAGGAGUUGAAGAGGGACGUUUCGAACGAAGUCAUCAUGUAGUAGGGUAUAGCAUUGGGUAGCAUUUGGGUAAGUUAUGAGUAUUCAUGGAACAACGAGUAAAUGUCGGGGUUUUCUGGGUAUUUACAAUGCAUGAGGUCAAAGAAUGUGGCACGGUUACUGGAUAGAAAUUUAUACCACCACAUAUGGAAGAUUUACGGUCAAAAGUCUUCACGUUGGCAAAUUGAUCGUGGUAUUUCGUUCCUGUGCG